AUGGCUUCUUUCUAUUUAUCUGUCAACUUUCUUGCUCUGGUUGUAUCGGCGAGUUCUGUGAAGACUUCAAAAGGUGUGGUCUUUCUUCCUUUUUGCUUUAUUUUCUUGAUAUCUACAUCGUCUUUUUGAGAAAGAGUAAGGCGAAACCAUUUUAAUUCGUCAUAUUCAUUUCUUUAUCAAACACAGGACAAACACCAAACGUAGGGUUUGUCUUCACCUAUUUUCUCGCUCACGAAGGCUACUAUUUAAACGUCACAACUGUUGGUACAGAACUGGUCCAAGACUCCUUUGAGUGCGCGUUCAAGUGUCUCCAGAAGGAUCCUUGUUUGUCCUUCAACCUGGCAGAUUUGGAUGAUAACAUUGACAAUCUGCUAUGUGAACUGCUUCCAUCUGACCAUUACACCCAUUCAGACAAGUUCAUCACCAACCAUCUUUGGUAUCACCACAGUAUUGCG